CCGAGCCCAUCCGUACGGUACCGCACCGAGCCGUGCCCUGAGGCACCGCACCGCACCUUUCCCUCCGGCACCGCACUGCACCCGCGGUACCGCACCGAGCCCACCCUCCAGCACCGCACCGUGCCCUGCGGCACCGCACCGCUCCACGCCGCGUCCCACGGCUCCGCACCGCAUCCUCGGGCACCGCACCGCGCCCUGAGGCGUGACACGCUCCGGCAUCGCACCGCUCCCCACGGCCCCGCAGCACCCGCACCCGGCGGGACCAUGAUGUCGUGUGCCGAGCUGCUGGCCGUGUGCCUGCUGUCAGCAGAGCGCGGCCCCAAGCCCCACCGCCAGCCGCUGCCCAUCUUCCACGACAUUUUCCGGCGAGCCGACAAGAACGAUGAYGGGAAGCUGUCGUUCGAGGAGUUCAAGAACUAUUUCUCUGAUGGCAUCCUGAGCUCGGAGGAGCUGUGGGAGUUGUUCAGCAGCAUUGACAGGCGUCACUCAGAUAACGUGGACACGGAGAAGCUGUGUGAUUAUUUCUCGGCAUACCUGGGGGAAUACAGGAACGUGCUCUCUGCCCUGGAAACCCUCAAUGCCGCCGUGCUGACAGCCAUGGACAAAACCAAGCUGAGAUACGAGACCUCCUCGAAGAUGGAGCAGUUCCUGACGCGGUUCCUGCUGCGGGAAACCCUGCACCAGCUGCARUCGCUGCAGGCGUCCCUCGAGUGUGCCGUGGACACCGUGGAGGAGCAGGCGGGACGGGACAGAAAGGAGAUCAAGAAAUCUGAGACCUCGGUCAGCCUGAGGUCAGGGAGGCGGUGUGGGCGCAGGGGACAGAAGAACAUCUGCCUGACCCCGAAAGACCCCUAUUCUGGGAUGCUGACAACAGGUGUUUGUGUGGAGGACAACAGCCAGUGGAAGGCUCAGAUCAGCAGGCUGCAGCAGCUCAUCGAGAAGCUGGAGUGCAAGAGCCCGCGCCUGGAGCCACUGAAGGACGAAGCCAUGAGCAAAGGGCCGGAUGCACACAUUCUGGUGGCCAAGAGGCAGAUCUCGGUGGCCACGAGCAGCAUUGAGGAGUUCCGGCAGGCGUUCCGCUCCUACACCGAGGGCACGGCCGGCCACAGCAGCUGCCUGCACGUCUCUGCCUGCAAGCUGACGGACGAGGCCUGCUUCAUCCUCUACGAGUUCUGGCAGGACGUGACCUCGUGGAGAAGCCAYUUGCAGUCCAGCUGCAGCAAGACUUUCCAGCAGUCCAUCCUCAGCUUGCUGGAGUCCCCGGAGCUGCUGACCACCAUGCUCUUCCCAGCUUCCUGGUGGAUCAUGAAYAACAACUGACCCGGGGCAGCUGCCUCCAGGACACCAUCAGCAUGCGGGAGGAGGUGGAGACUUUGGCACAGCCAUCACCUUCGUCACCUCCCUGUCCCUCCUUCCCUCCUGUGGCCAGCGGGGGCUGCCUGCCCUCGGCUCUGCUAGUGUUUUGCUCCUUUGCUCUUUUCCUSUUAAUUUAUUUCUUUAUCCUGCUCCUAAGACAGUGUCUGAGCUGCCUGGGGGUGCUGUGUUUGGGGGUGGCACUGGUCUGAUGCUGCAUCCUGGCAGCUUCAGCCCCCUUUGCACUCCAGCUCCUCUUCCUCCUGGCCCCGAGGCUCCACAGGGUACUGGGAUGGGCAGGGGAACACGGCUCUGGCCAGCUGUGACAUCCUGCCCAGGGAGCCAGGUGGCCUCAGAUGGAUUGGGAAAUGUUUUAUAGGGAAAAAAAACAUAUUUCAUUAAGCAUUUCUGGCAAGGUGUUACCUGCUCAUGCCCUGCCAYGCUGGCAGCAUGUUCCAGGGCUUUGGGACUGGCUUUGUGCCCCCGCAGCUGUCCCCWUGGCUGUGCCUGUCCCCAGCACAUCCCCUUCCCAGGGGAGGCCAGCCCAGUCCCCAGCACAGCCCAGGAAAGGCCAGUGUAGCUCCAAGCUCUGUUUUUAUUCAGCUCCAUAAAUCAGUGUUKGCACGGGGCAGUGCUGCCAGAGGCUGGAGCUGAGUUACUGGGGAGGGGUCUGGGGUGGGGGCACUCAGUGAGGGGGGAGGGCUGGAGCAGAUCCCACCUGCUCCAGGGCUUUUCCUGGCAUUUCCCUGSUGGUGCUGCAGCAGCAGCUCCUCUGUGAAGCCAUGGAAAAUGCACUGCCCCAACCAGGGUGGAGGGAUUGGGAGUGGGCAGGAGGGACAGCCGGGACCCUCCUGGCAUGGAAACGUCCUCCUUGUGCCCCUGCCUGUCCCCAGCACCAGUGUGGGUCACCUGCAGCCCCAAUCCUUGCUCACCURCGACCUGCUGCCACCCCACAACCUCUUUUUCCACUCGCUGUGGGUGCUGCUCCACCAGAAACAUUAAUUAAGAGUGUUUCUCCCCUGAUUCUUGGAUGCAGUCAGUAAAAUCUGGGGCUGAAGGGUGCAGCUCCAUCCUGGGGACACCUCGUGCAUGAUGUGCUGGGCAGGUCUGACACAGUGUCACCCCUGAGCCCAUGGGGUGACAAUACCGGGGAUUUGUUGGGUUUUAGGGAACUUGUUUUGCUCCAGCAGCAGCUCCCUGGGUUUGGGAGGUUUGUUGGGUUUUAGGGUGCUUGUUUUGCUCCAGCAGCAGCUCCCUGGGUUUGGGAGGUUUGUUGGAUUUUAGGGUGCUUGUUUUGUUCCAGCAGCAGCUCCCUGGGUUUGGGGUGCUGGGGGGUAAUAAAUACCCCUCGUGGGAAUGAGGAUCUGUCCCUUCCACCCUAUUCUUUAYCUGCUCAUCAAUCCCUGCUGCUUUCCCUGGUCACAGCCCCGAUUUGCUGUGAUCAUGGGGCAGCAGGAACAGCUCCAGCCCUGUCCAGGGGCAGCUGCUGGGCCCAGGGCCACAUUCUUGCCCCUGGGAGAUGCACCCAAGGGAUCCAGGGAUGUGCUGGAGCCACAGCAGGGCUUUGGGCCAUCACUAAGGGACAGRGCACAGCCAGGGUGGGCUACAGAGGGGCACCCAGGGCAGCCACAAAGAGCUGAAACAGGCACUGGGUUGGGAUUCCUGAGCUGCCUCCCCAGCCCCAUCUGGGGCUUGCCUCUACAUUUUGGGUUUCUUCACCACUGGAUUAAUGUCUGCAGCAGCCUGGAGACCAAAACCCUGGGAUUAAGGCAAACUGUGUGAGGGGGAUCCCUGGGGGGCACAGUGGCAGCCAGCUGUGACAGCACAUGGGGCUGCACUGGCAGCCAGCUGUGACCACCCUGCAGGCUGCUCUGUGCUCACAUAAAAAAAAAUAACAUCUAAAAAAAGCUCAGAAAACAACACAUUGAACUAUAAACUCAAAGAAAUCCAACAUCACUGAGGAUGGGGUUGAACUCCAGCUCUGCCUGCACUUUGCUCACAGUCUCACCACCAUAAGGAAGAGUUUUUAUCCCUAAAAGUUCCCUGGCCAAGGCCACGGUGUGGCAGCGUUCCCUAAAAACCCCAAGAGCUGCCWGAGCACUGCUGGAAACCUCUGCCCCUCCCCAGAGAGAUAAAGGAUGAAUAUAGUCUUUUUAUUGACUACUUUUGAGUAGAACAAACUAAAUACAUCUGUAACAGUUUGGGUUCCUUUAUACAGGACAUUAAAUAAGUUAUGCACAAGAAUGAAGUAACAAAUUUCUAUUACAGAAUUAAAUGUUUAAAAAAAAAAUAGAAACCUCAACCCAAUGUCUUCCCACGCCCCAAGUUCACAUUUAUCAUUCCAUGUUUAAAAACAAAGAAACAAAAAAAAAAAAAGAAGCAAUCAUUCUAAUCAUGACUGUUAGUAUUUCAUUCAUUUACAUGGGGUUAAUUUUAAUACACGGCCAUCAACGUCGCAUGAGAAUUAUGGAAGACAAUCUAUUUACAAGCAAUUCCUUCCAGCCCUGCCCUGCUCCCCCUUCCCAGGCACCUUGGCACUGCCACCRCUGACCACAGCAYGGGGCUGGGGC